GAGCGCGCCUGCGAGCUGCUAGCUGUGCUGGCGGAGGCCGGAGGGCCCGCCGCGGCCGCGGAGCUGUCGGCGUGCAGCGCCGCCGAGGUCACGGUGGCAUGCCUGGCCCACUUCGGCCGGCGGGCGGACGUGGCUGCGGCCGGCUGCUGGGCGCUGGAGGCGCUGGGGCGGCUGGGCGGCGAGUGUGCCCAGGAGACGGCGCGGGAGGCGGGCGCGGCGGAGGCGCUGCUGCACGCCCUCGUCGAGCACCGCGGGUCGGCCGAGGUGGAGGACGCGGCCUGCCGCGGCCUGCGGGCGGCGCUCCGCGGCGGCGGGGGAGCGCCGGAGGGCGCGGCUGAGGCCGUGGCCGGGCUGCUGGAUGGGGCGCUGGCGCUCAAGAGGGGAAGAAACAUGCAGUGGGCAUAUCCUGUAAGGUGA